GGUCUGCAAUGCAUUUUGAACAUUAAGAGGUACUAUGGCAGAAGAGUACCUACUGUGUAGUGAGUACUCCGUACUCCGUACUCCAUUCUGUACUCCGUUGCGACGACGGCGAACUCCGGCCUCGUUGCGGGAGUCCAAGCGCUGCCGGCCGGGCUAAGAUAACCCCGACGCCUAUCGCCACGUGACGGUUAUUGAUGCCCCAGGAACCACACGCAAAGCCGCUUUCGCGCCGCAUCCAAGCACUGGCAGCUCAAGUGGAACCACCAUCACAUCCACCACUACCCAUCCCCAACCAAUCUGGCGAGAUAAUGCUCGACGGCCUGCCUGCUAGGCCUAUCCUCAUUGAGAAGUAAUGGCCCGUCCAAAAUCCAUCCGCGCGCCCACCACCGCCAGUCUUCCCAGCAAUCUCCGCAUCCCCUCCUCCACGCCGUCCUUGGUCAAAUCCUUUGGCAAGCUCACCCGACAAGCACUGCUGGAUCUCGCGUUCCAAUGGCUGGAUGAUCGCAGCAUACAGGCCUUUCCGCCAUAUCUCCAGGAGAAUGAAGACCAGAAAGAGGAGGAGGACGAGGAACUAAGUCCCUACCCGGCAGAGCGCACCGUCAACGACGUCCGGAACGCAUACCAGGAACUGCAGCUGCGAAAAGGCGGCAAACGCGAAGUCAUUGAUCGCAUCCUCGAAGGCGACUGGAGACAUGGCAUCACGCUGCGCCAACUGGCCAUGGUCGAUCUGCGCUACAUCGACGACCACUCCUCCAGCCUGCGAUGGACCGCCCUGGAGCUUGCUCGCAUUGGCAACCAACCACCACCAGACGCCGACCUGUCCGCAUGUGUCCCGCGCGUCCACGCCUCGACCUUUCUGAACAGCCUUCAGCAACAGAUCGCGCCGCUCGUAAAAGCACACUACUACCUCUCCCGCUCGACCUCCCUCCCUCUCACAUUCCUCCGCAUCUUCGUCACCAACUCCCCCUACGAACACCCGCGCCAGGCCGCCGAACUCCUGACCGAUGCAUCGCGGGUCAUCUACGUCGCUUUCCCAGACAGCUGCCCCUACCUAUACACAUCCAUCGCCUCCAGCCCCGGCUCGAAAGCCAGCGCAUCUACAUCCCCUCACGCCGUCGCAACCGACCCGCGAAGUCUACAACGCCUCGUCCGCGAUGCCCUCCCCAAGGCCCUCUCCCUCCCGCAUCAACGCUACAACCUCAAAGCCACCUCCCUCACAGCCAAAAGCCUCCAAGCCCUCCUCUCCCUCCGCGGCCCCGGCCGCUCCAACCACUCCAACGGCGCAUUCAGCAUCUUCGCCGACGCGGCCCUCGAAGGCAGCCCACUGGACCCCCGUCCCUCCGACACCGUCACCCCAGAAGAACACAUGAACCAUCCCUCCCACCACAAAGAAAACCAACCCACCGACUCCGAAACCUCCAAAGCCCCCAAGCGUCCUCUCACCAACACCACCACCACCGACCCACACACUGCCAAAAAGCGCACCCUCACCGUCCAAUCCCGCUUCGGUACCUCCGGCUCUUUAUCCUCCGCCCCUCUCGACCGUCUCGACAUCCGACUCCUCGAUUCCCCACACACCUCCACCACAUCCACUACAUCCACAUCAGAACCCACAACCAACACACCCACCCUCUCCCUCACCUUCACCGGCACAGACAUCAUCAGCGGAUUCCGCAAACUCGCCGACCUAGGCAUCGUCGAUGCAAAGAAGAUGCCCUCGUGGAUGACAGGCGAAGAAGCAGUCAGCGUGGCUGUCAUUCGUGGGGGGAAUCGCGUCGUCAAAGGUACUGGAUGAUCAUGAAUAUGGUUGCUUCCGA